AUGAAGGUUGAAACUGUCUCUUCUUCAUCCGCGCCUCAGAGAAUAUCGGCACACACACACAUUACGGGAUUAGGUCUAGAUGACAGUGGCGAAGCAAUCGACGAUGACACUACCACAAGUUGUGGUUUGGUGGGGCAAACCCAAGCCAGAGAAGCUUGUGGAAUUGUCACGGAUCUAAUUCACUCGCAGCAACUUGCCGGAAGAGCUCUGUUAUUGGUUGGACCACCGGGUACUGGAAAGACGGCACUGGCCAUGGGAUUGGCACAAGAAAUUUCCUCGUCUAAAAACUCCAAGCUUCCCUUUUGUCCGAUGGUGGCAUCCCAAGUGUUUUCGCGAGAAGUCAAGAAAACCGAAGUCAUUAUGGAGCAUUUUCGCAAAGCAAUCGGUCUUCGAGUCAAAGAACAAAAGGAAGUGUAUGAAGGUGAAGUUACCGAAUUGACAGUGGAAGAAACCGAGGAUCCUUUGGGUGGAUAUGGUCGAACGAUUUCGCAUGUCAUUCUGGGUUUGAAGACGGCCAAGGGAACCAAAACCCUCAAGCUGGAUCCGACCAUCCACGAUUCCCUUUCCAAAGAGGCUGUGAUGGUCGGUGAUGUCAUUUACAUUGAAGCCAAUUCCGGGGCGGUCAAACGAGUGGGCCGGAGUGAUUCGUACGCUACUGAAUUUGAUUUGGAAGCUGAAGAAUAUGUUCCACUACCCAAGGGUGACGUCCACAAGAAAAAGACCGUUGUUCAGGAUGUUACCUUGCAUGACCUCGAUAUGGCCAAUGCCCAUCCAACGGCUGGCGCUGGACCCCAUCGGGAUGUCGUGGGUAUGUUGAGGAGUUUGGGGAAACAAAAAAAGACUGAAAUCACAGACAAGCUACGUGUUGAGAUCAACAAGGUCGUGGAAAAGUACAUUGAAGACGGAAUUGCAGAACUUGUUCCUGGUGUACUCUUUGUGGAUGAAGUCCACAUGUUGGAUUUGGAGUGCUUCACCUAUCUGAAUCGAUCUUUGGAGUCCACCAUUGCUCCUAUUGUUGUGUUUGCCACCAACAGAGGCAUCACCACUAUUCGAGGCACAGUUCUCAAAGCCCCACAUGGAAUUCCUGUGGAUGUUUUGGAUCGAAUGUUAAUUGUUCCAACCUUGCCUUAUGAUUUGCAAGAAAUGAUUCGAAUUUGCAAAAUUCGAGCCACCACGGAGGGAAUGGAUUUAUCCGAUGAUGCUCUCCGUAUGCUUGGUGCCAUUGGACAAAAGACUAGCCUUCGAUAUGCCACCCAAUUGUUGACACCUGCCAGCUUGAUGGCGGAAGUACAAGGUCGGACUCAGAUUUUGCCGGAAGAUGUUGCUAGUGUGGAUGAUUUGUUUUUGGAUGGAAAGGCAAGCGCUCAGCUCUUGGCAACUAGUGAUGGAUUCAUGAAGUAA